CCCGCCUCCCUCCCUUCUUUCCUCCCUCCCUCCGCCGCACCCCCGCCGCCGCCUCGCCUCCCGGCCUCCCUGAUGCCGAGGGAUGGAUAGAGCGGCUGCCCUGCGAGCCGCCGGCAUGCUGGAGAGGAAGGAGCGGAGCGGCGGCGAGGCGGCGGGGCCGCGGGGCUUGCCGGCCGUGCGGACCACGCUGCAGCAGUGCGGGCUGCUGCAGGACCUCAUCGACAUCUCGCUCUCCAACCUGCGCGGGCUCCGCACCAAGUGUGCCGCGUCCAACGACCUCACGCAGCAGGAGAUCCGCACGCUGGAGGUGAAGCUCAUUGACUACAUCCACCGGCAGCGGCAGUGCAAGCUGAGCGUGCCCCUGAGCGACCGCACCGCCGAGCUCAACAGCUACCCCCGCUUCAACGACUGGCUGGACAUCGUCAACGUCAGGAAGGAGGUGGUGCAGAGAAUACCAGAGGAGCUGACCCUGGAUGCCUUACUAGAGAUGAACGAGUCAAAGGUGAAAGAAACGAUGAAGAGAUGUGGGGCCAGAGAUGAGGAGUGCUCCAGGCUCAACGGGGCGCUGAGCUGCCUGCGGAAGGUGACGGAGUCAGGAGCGGAGCCGAGGGACGAUGUGCCGCUGGCCCUCCCCGAGCGCCGGGACAGCUCCUGCCCGCAGCCGGACCCCGCGUGCCCGCCGGGCAAGGGCGGCCAAGCGCGCUCCGUGCCCGCCGCGCCCUGCGAGCCCUGGCCCUCGGCAGAGGCGCUGCUGGAGCCGCUGGCGCUGCCCGCGGGCCGGCCCCGCGCCCCGCACAGCAUCACCGUCACCCCCCCGGCCACGCCGCAGCCCAAGCGCCGGCACCGCCUGAAGCCGCCGCGGACGCCGCCGCCCCCCUGCCGCAAGGUGUUCCAGCUGCUGCCCAACUUCCCCGCCCUCACCAGGAGCAAGUCCCACGAGUCCCAGCUGGGCAACAGGAUAGACGAAGUUCCUCCACUAAAGUUCGAGCUCUCGCAGGGAUCCCCCCAGACGGUACGAAGAGACUUUGGCCUGGCUGUGACUCACAGGUUCUCUACAAAGUCCUGGUUAUCUCAGAUUUGCCAAGUGUGCCAGAAGAGCAUGAUGUUCGGGGUGAAGUGUAAGUACUGCAGAUUAAAAUGUCACAACAAAUGUACUAAAGAGGCACCUGCUUGUAGAAUAUCCUUCCUUCCCAUAACAAAAAUAAGAAGAACAGAGUCUGUCCCAUCUGAUAUCAAUAAUCCAGUAGACAGACCCACAGAACCCCAGUUUGGAACCCUCCCCAAAGCACUAACUAAAAAGGAGCAUCCACCAGCAAUAAACCACCUGGACUCCAGCAGCAAUCCUUCUUCCACGACCUCAUCCACUCCCUCCUCCCCAGCACCUUUCCAGUCUUCCAACCCUCCCAGUGCGACGCCGCCGCCCAACGCGUCCCCCAUGGGCCAGAGGGACGGGCGCUUCAACUUCCCAGCUGCCUACUACCUUCAGCAUAGACAACAGUUUGUCUUCCCAGAAAUUCCCAGUCCUGCACAAACAGCACAGCUUCCAGAAACUGCUGCAGACACUAACGCUGCCCAGCAGCCGGGCACGGGCGGAGGCGCACGGGAGGCUCAGGUGGAGGAAGCAGAGGCGGGGAAGUCGGAGCCCGAGGACGAUGAGGAUGAGGUGGAAGAUUUGCCCAACCGGCGGCCGCACCUGCAGGGGAUGAUCUACCGCAAACCCAGCCAGACCAGCGUGUACCUGCAGGAGUGGGACAUCCCCUUCGAGCAGAUCCAGCUGGGGGACCCCAUCGGCCAGGGCCGCUGGGGCAAGGUCUACAAGGGCAAGUGGCACGGGGAGGUGGCCAUCAGGCUGCUGGAGAUCGAUGGCAACAACCAGGAUCACCUGAAGCUCUUCAAGAAGGAGGUGAUGAACUACAGGCAGACCCGGCAUGAGAACGUGGUGCUGUUCAUGGGAGCCUGCAUGAACCCCCCUCACCUGGCAAUCAUUACCAGCUUCUGCAAAGGAAGGACGCUGCACUCCUUUGUGAGAGACCCCAAGAUCUCCCUGGACAUCAACAAAACCAGGCAGAUAGCACAGGAGAUCAUUAAGGGCAUGGGGUAUCUCCACGCAAAGGGGAUUGUACAUAAGGAUCUGAAAUCCAAAAAUGUCUUCUAUGACAAUGGGAAAGUUGUGAUCACCGACUUUGGAUUAUUUGGAAUUUCGGGUGUGGUUCAGGAAGGAAGGAGGGAGAAUGAGCUGAAGCUGCCUCAUGACUGGUUGUGCUACCUGGCCCCUGAGAUUGUCCGUGAGAUGGCCCCAGGGAAAGAUGAAGACAAGCUGCCUUUCUCCAAAGCUGCAGAUAUCUAUGCCUUUGGGACCGUGUGGUACGAGCUGCAGGCACGGGAGUGGCCCUUCAGGAGCCAGCCUGCAGAGGCUCUCAUCUGGCAGAUCGGCAGCGGAGAGGGAGUGAGACAAGUCCUUGCCACUGUCAGCCUGGGCAAAGAGGUCAAUGAAAUCCUCUCGGCCUGCUGGGCCUUUGACCUCAGCGAGAGGCCCAGCUUCACUGUCCUCAUGGAAAUGCUUGAAAAACUGCCAAAACUGAACCGCCGGCUCUCCCACCCAGGGCACUUCUGGAAGUCUGCUGACAUUAACAGUAGCAAAGUUGUCCUGCGUUUUGAAAGAUUGGGCUUGGGAAUCCUGGAGCCGAGUAACCCAAAGCUGUAGGCGGUGUCAUUGUGACCAUGCUGGCUGCCUGCUCCCACACAGCACCAGAAACCCUCCCUGGCUGCUCCACGCCGAGGCUGAAGGACCAUCAGCCCAGCCCCGGGUCCUGCCUGAGCACCAGCAGCUAUUUAACAAUGUUUACAUGAUACUUUUGUGUCAACUAUAUUUUUUUAAACAUAAUAAACAGUGAAUCAAGUUGAAUACAGCCAUUCUCAAAUGGCACUGAGAAAGA